AUGGGCGCGAGGAACGGCAGCGAAGUGACGAUGUUCUGGGGCGAAAUCAGUGUCCUGUUCACCUUGUCCCUGGAAACGAAACUAACUCACCCCCACAUUGAACUCGAUCGUGCCCCACAGCACCAGCAUGGUCGAAUCGCCGUUGCGUUCAAUGACGGCGAUCUGGCUCAUGCGCAGGAUCGAGCAGACGGUCGUGAACAGGCCCAGCAGGAACAGGCAGACGACGCCGGCCUUCUGCGCCGGACGCACGUGCAGCCCCAGCAGCAUGGGAAUGGGCAUGAGGAUGAUGACGACGUCGCAGAAGAUGGUGAAGGCCGCCAGCCCGUAGAAGGUCGGCCCGGGGGGCAGACACGUCCCCGGGACAUACGGGUCCCACGACUUGCGGACGGGGCUGCAGCUCAGGAUGAGAACCAGGGUGCCGGCGAUGUGGCCCACGGUCGAGACGAUUCCCACGACCCAGAUGGUGGCCUUGUACCAAGCCUUGGUCGUGCCGGACAGCAGGCGGUAGCAGCUGAUGCAGAGCGCCGCCUUGAAGCCUGCAAUGCCCAGCUGGUGUCUAGACUCGCCUUAGGCCGCAAGGCGGGCGGUAGUCCCAGGCCAUAUCGUGUUUCUGGUCGUCUCGUUAGCAGCUGGAUUCCCUCUCGACUGGAGGAUAUAACUCUUAAUCGUGCCGUCAAUGACGACGUAGUCAUCGGCGCCCGUCCGCCGCUGUCGAUAGCGGAUCACGACGCGAGUGAUGACGGUCGCCAUCAUCAGCAGCGUCAGCACGACGCAGACGGCGAUGAUGGUCGGAUACUGGGACUGGGCCGCCACCUCGGGCGAGACGUGUUUCACCCAGCCCAUGGUGGUGGUGAUGGUUUAGCAGCGCGGGACGGAAUGACAGCAACAGCCUCGCAUGCUGAGCUGGACGGAGGAGGACUCGGCUUUAAUCUGGCCGGCCGAAUCGCUUCAUCCUGCAGCGUCGCCAAGUCUGGUGGCCCCUGCGAGGCUGCUGGACCAGCGUCGUCCAGGGCAUUCCGUAACAUCGCGCGCAGCCAGCCUCCACCGAUAAACCUAAUCGCGCUGCAUUCGCAAUUCCCCGCCUGGUGCAUGCAGGCUGAUGCCUCGUCCACUGCCUUGGCGGCUCCAUCUCGCUCCCCGAUUUGCGCACGAGUGGCCGGUAAUCCCCGAACGCUCACCACCAUGGCCAGCAGGCAGGACGAUAAGGAGAUGGCCGUGCUGUCCCAGCAGGUGCCCUUCGAGAGGAAGGACGAGGCCUGGGAUUUCCUCCAGAGCCACGCCGACGUCCAGAAUGCGGAGCACAUCAACCUGCCCGCCCUGCGCCGCAAGAUCGACUGGCACAUCGUGCCCUUGAUGUUCUGCUGUUACACACUGCAGUUCAUCGACAAAGUCAUCAUCAAUUACGCCGCCGUCAUGGGCAUCAGCACCGACCUCAAGCUGAAGGGCAACGACUUCAGCAAUGCCGCCACCUCUUUUUUCAUCGCCUAUCUGGUGGCAGAAGCUCCCAACACCUGGCUCCUGCAGAAAGUGCCCGCAGCCAAGUGGCUGGGUGUCAACGUCGCCCUGUGGGGGGUCGUCGUUGCGGCCACCAGCGGCGUCAAGGACUACACCGGCCUGGUCAUCGCGCGUGUCUUCCUGGGCCUCUUCGAGGCGACCAUCGGGCCCUCGCUCAUGAUCAUCUCCAGCCAGUACUAUACCAAGGAAGAACAGGCCCCGCGGUUUUGCCUGUGGUAUUGCGGUCUGGGCGUCGGCCAGAUCGUCGGAGGUCUGGUCUCGUUCGCAUUCCAGCACAUCAGUCCGCACGCCCCUCUGUCCGGAUGGCGCGUCAUGUUCAUCGUCCUGGGCAUCGUGACCACCAUCAUCGGGGUCGCCACCUUUUUCGGCCUGCCCGACACCCCGAUGAAGGCGAGCUUCAUGUCGGACGCGGAAAAGGUCGCGCUGCUGAAGCACAUCAGCUCCAACAAGACGGGUGUCUGGAACCAGAAGUUCCAACCCAGGCAGGUGAUUGAAGCCCUCCUUGACGUCCAAGUGUGGCUGUUGACCUUGAUGGUGGUUCUGGAUUCCGUCUCCAGCGGUGUCGUCACGACCUACUCCUCCACCCUGAUCAAGAACCUCGGCUUCAGCUCCCAGCACGCCGCCCUCCUGAACAUGCCGUCCGGCAUCGUGAGCAUCUUCUUCACCCUGCUGGUCGGUUUCGGCAUCCGGCGGUCUUCCCAUCGGUGGGCCUGGGUCUUCUUCUGCAGCAUCCCGGGCAUCAUCGGCGGCGGGCUGAUGUCGUUCCUGCCCAACAGCAACAAGGCCGGUCUGCUGAUCGGCGUGUACCUGGUCAACGCCAUCGUCGCGCCGCUGCCCAUCAUCCUACCACUGGUACGGCGGCCAACUGCGCCGGGUACACGAAGCGCGCGUUCGCCAGCGCCCUCGUCGCGGGCUCGUUCUCGGUCGGCAACAUCAUCGGCCCGCAGACGUUCCAGGCCAAAGGACGCGCCCGAGUACCGGCCCGCCAAGAUUGCCGUGCUCGCGACGCAGGCGGCCGCCGCGGGCGUCGCCGUGGCGCUGUUCGUCUACUAUGUGUGGGAGAACAAGCGGCGGGACGCGCGCAAGGCCGUCAGCGGCGAGAUGUACGACGACGCGUCCAACGAGACGGCCUGGGCGGGUCUGACCGACAAGGAGAACAAGAGCUUCCGCUAUGUGUAUUGA